AUGAUAUUUUAUUUAUCAAACGUUAUCAUUUAUUAUCUGAUUAUUUCCAUUUUAUCAGUAGUAUUAUUUUUGGCACCAUUGAUCAUUAUGCAAAUGGCAUGUGCUACUCAUAAAAAGCAUAGAUGUGAAAUAACAAAUUCAAUGCGUAGCAUUGUACCACCAAUGAUGCAAGUACAACAACAACAACAACCUAUGACAGUGCCAGCCUAUGCUAAGAAUUCAUCUGCUGUACCAUAUCAGGAUGUACAGCCAGCAGCAACUGGUACUAUACCCACAUCACCAUCCGCAGAACUAAAAGUUAAUGCUAAAAAAAGUACCUCGAAAGGGAGUAUAGAACCGGAAGGAUCGCGAGAAAAGGAAAAAGAUGGUGGUAUUACAAACGGAAAAGGUGGAAAAGGAGGUGAAGGAGGAGGAGGAGGAGGAGGAGGAACAGGAGGAGGAGGAGAAGGAGGAGGGGGAGGGGGAGGGGGAGGAGGAGGUGAUGAUAUUGGCGUUGAUGAGAAAAAAGGAAGAGGAGGAGGAGGAGGAGUGGGUACAGGAGGAGGGAGAGGGGGAGGAGGAGGUGAUGAUAUUAGUGUUGAUGAGAAAAAAGGAAGAGGAGGUGAAGGAAGAGGAGGAGGAGGAGUGGGUACAGGAGGAGUGGGAGGAGGAGGGGGAGGAGGUGAUGAUAUUGGUAUUGAUGGAAAAGGAGGAAAAAGAGAUAACGAGCUCGAUGAAUGUCCUGACCUCACACCUGAUAUCCUCAAAAAUAUCAUUUAUGAUGGCUAUUAA